UGGUCGGAAUUAUUUUGUUGAAGGUUUCGUUAAAACCUAACGUGCGUGUCUUGUCCAUGAAGGUGUGGAUGACAUUUCAAAUAAGUACAUUUAAGCUGUUUAAACACAGGACGUAGCUGUUUUGUGGAAGAAGAUAUGGCCGCACGGAGCUACGCUGCUUGUGUUGUCUGCCGGAGGGCGGGUGUCGUGAAGCUGGUGUCCAGGGGAAUGAGCGCAGCUACAAACCCACAGUCCCAGCUAGAUUUCCUGAAAGGAGAACGACACAGGAAACAUCCAGGUGUGACCAACCUGAAAAUACUGCGUCUACCUGAGGAACUCCAGACGGCUGCAUGUUCAGUUAUUCACAGAGCUCAGGUGACACGGCUGACUGAACGCGCUCUCAGCCUCACGAACUUCCUGUGGAGCAGAAAACGAGCGGUCGAGGAUGCGACUCUGAGGCAGAAAGCUGUGAGUCUGGAGAAAAAGCUUUGGGAGAAAGAGAUGGAGAGGAGAGGAGAAAUAGAUGAGCAAGCGCUGGAUGAUCGCAUCAGGAGGAAAGUCGUCUCAGAGCUCAGAAGAACAACGUAUCACUGGACUCCCAUGAAGUAUGAUGAAGAGUUAGGUGUGGUGUACAUGGCUUCUCGGCUGGCUGGAGGCUACGCAGCAGUGAGGAGGGCUCUAAACGAGAUAAAGAAGAGAGAGCCCUCCUUUGCCCCUCAGUCUCUCCUGGAUUUUGGUUCUGGGCUGGGAACCGUUGCCUGGGCGUCACACUCGUACUGGGGCGACACGUUGAAGGAGAUGGUGUGUGUUGACAGCUCCGGGCCCAUGAACGUUCUGGCAGAGCGACUUCUCAAAGGUGAUGAUGAAAGAGCCGAACCUCUCAUCAAACAAGUCUACUUCCGACAGUUCCUCCCCGUCUCUCCCAAGGUGCAGUUUGACUUGGUGGUAGCAGCUUUCACCCUGUCAGAGCUUCCUCAUGCGAAGGAGCGAGAAGAGGCGGUCGUCACUCUGUGGAGAAAAACAAGCUCAUAUCUGGUGCUGGUGGAAAAUGGGACCAAAGAAGGAUAUCAGAUGCUUAUGGAGGCCAGAGACACUUUAUUGAAGAAACAAGAGAAGACUGUCCACGACACCAGACCAGCAUCAGUGUUCGCGCCGUGUCCACAUGACCUGAUGUGUCCUAAAAUGGCCCGCGAGCCCACCAUCCCCUGCAACUUCCACCAGCUGUACCAUCCUCUGCCUCUGUCCGGGCACAAUGACCGUCAGACGGAGAAGUUCAGCUACCUGAUCUUGAGUCGGACAGAACCAGCAGAGGCUCAGACAGACGGUGUGGAGUGGGCGAGGCUGAUCGCGCCGGUGCUGCGCAGAACAAGACACGUCCACUGUCGGAUGUGCUGCCCUGACGGACAACUACAACACCUGGUGGUGACGGCUCGAAAACACGGCAGGGACGUGUACCGAUGUGCCCGGAACAGUGACUGGGGAGAUCAAGUGCCGACCACUCAGAGAGUCGAGGACGAACUCCAGAGUGAUUCAGAGUGAUGAUUCAGCAAGGAAGAAACAAGACACAACUCAUUCAUUUGUCAUACUUUAGGAACAAUGGAAACACCCUGAAACUGUGAUAACAGUGCAGUCUGAAGACUCAUCCGCUUUUAGUUAACCAGAAAAUCUGUUCUCUUACUGGAACUGUUAAAAUGCUGAAUCACUGUACAGCUGAUAUCUGGUUAUCAAGGAUACUGCAAUUAAAAAUUGGUCAUACUGUA